CCAUGGAUUCUCAGUGCAUCAGAUGACCAGACGAUACGUAUCUGGAACUGGCAGUCAAGAAACUGUGUGUGUGUGUUAACAGGCCACAGUCAUUAUGUGAUGUGUGCCCAGUUUCACCCCAGUGAAGACUUGGUAGUCUCUGCCUCUCUGGAUCAGUCCGUGAGAGUGUGGGACAUUUCAGGUUUGCGUAAGAAGAACGUAGCCCCAGGCCCUGGAGGUCUAGAAGAUAGGCUGAGAAACCCCAACCAGACUGACCUGUUUGGGACGUCUGAUGCCAUAGUGAAGCAUGUGCUCGAGGGGCACGAUAGGGGCGUCAACUGGGUCUCCUUUCACCCCACACUCCCCCUCAUUGUCUCUGGAGCUGAUGAUAGACAGAUUAAACUGUGGAGGAUGAAUGAGUCCAAGGCAUGGGAGGUGGACACCUGUCGUGGUCACUAUAACAAUGUGUCCUGUGUCCAGUUCCAUCCCAGACAGGAGCUGAUACUCAGCAACUCCGAGGACAAGAGCAUCCGUGUAUGGGACAUGUCUAAAAGGAAAGAAGCAGGGGCCAGGAACGGACUGCCAGCCUGUGGUCUGAAGCUGGCCAGCUUGGUCCAGCGGCUGCAGACAGCAUACCAGAUGACCACCCAGGGCAAAUUUGCCGAGGCUGUGGACAGAUUUAGGUCCAUACUGCUCAGUGUGCCUCUCCUGGUGGUGGAUACGAAACAGGAAAUCACAGAGGCCCAGCAAUUGAUAGAGAUCUGUAGAGAAUAUAUAGUAGGACUUAGUAUGGAACUGAAGAGAAAAGAAAUGCCAAAAGAAAAUUUAGAACAACAAAAGAGACUUUGUGAGAUGGCUGCAUAUUUCACCCACUGUAACCUUCAACCAGUCCAUCUCAUCCUGACACUGAGGACAGCGCUCAAUUUGUUCUUCAAGUUGAAAAAUUAUAAAACUGCCGCCAGUUUUGCCAGGAGACUGUUAGAGCUGGGCCCCAAGCCAGAUGUGGCGCAGCAGACAAGGAAAAUUCUCCAGGCUUGUGAAAAGAAUCCAACAGACACUCACGAACUUAAAUACGAUCAGCAUAAUCCCUUUGACAUUUGUGCAGCAACAUACACUGCUAUUUACAGAGGUAAACCAGUGGCUAAGUGUCCUCUCAGUGGUGCCUGUUACCUGCCUGAGUACAAGGGACAGGUGUGCAGGGUAACACAGGUGACAGAGAUUGGAAAAGACUGCAUAGGGCUCAGAAUAAGUCAACUUCAGUUUAGAUAAUGCUGAUACAGUGAUUG